AUGGCAAAACCAAUACCAGAGGUGGACUGCCUGGAGCAUGUCUAUGCUGGGACGGGAGAAGGCAAUGCCGUUCCCACCGACCUUCGGAAUCGGUUUACCCACUUGAUCAAGUCCUUCAGCAGCAAAUAUGGCCAGAAACCCGACUUCGUAGCACGAAGUCCCGGCAGAGUCAAUAUCAUUGGCGAACACGUUGACUAUUCGCUGUACAACGUCUUGCCUGCAGCAGUCACUGUUGAUGUCCUGAUUGCCGUCCGCGUCAUCAAAGAUGGCAAUCCUGAUGAGCCCACUGUCAAGAUCGCCAAUGUCAAUGCUAUAAAGUAUCCUGAACGAGAGAUGCAUCUCCCAACUUCAGGCACAGUCGAAGUAGACAGGAAGCACCACUCUUGGGUCAACUAUUUCUUGGCUGGAUUGAAGGGAUCCUUGGAGUACUUGCGCAACAAACAUGGCAGUACCUUCGUUCCUAAGGGAAUGGAACUCCUGGUUGAUGGCAACGUCCCCGCGGGUGGCGGACUGUCAAGCAGCGCUGCCUUCGUCUGUGCUUCUGCGCUCGCUGUUAUGGCUGCGAACAACCAGGACAUUUCGAAGCAGGACCUACUGGAUUUGGCCAUCGUAUCCGAGCGUGCUGUGGGCGUGUUUUCCGGCGGCAUGGACCAGGCUGCAUCAAUAUUCUCCGAGCGAGGCUAUCUUCUCUACUGCCACUUCUUUCCCAAAUUCUUUGCGGAGCACGUUCCUGUACCUGUGUCUGAUCCCGAGAUUACCUUUUUGAUUGCACAGUCCUUCAUUACAUCCGACAAGGCUGUAACGGCGCCUAUCCACUAUAAUCUUCGUGUUGUGGAGUGUACUUUAGCCAGCGUGGUAUUGGCGAAGCUCCAUGACAUUGCCCUCAACCCUGAUUCCAGCUCGCUUGGAUUCUGUUUGCGGAAUUUGCAGGAGGAGAUCAUGAAAAAGCAAGGUCGGCGGGAUGAGCCUUUCGAUGUCCAGGUGGACGCAAUGGUUGACAUCAUCAAGUCUAUGCUUGACAAGGAGAGCUACACUAGGGACGACAUCGCCGGAAUUCUGGGCAUCUCGGUGGAUGCGUUGGAGAAAGAGUACAUGUCUAAAUUCCCUAUACAAGCGGACUCCUUCAAACUCAGACAACGUGCGUUGCAUGUACUGCAAGAGGCCGGCCGUGUAGUCAGGUUCAAGGACACGUUGACAACAUCCGGGAAGUUGGACGGGGACAAAUUGCUCUAUCUUGGCGAUUUGAUGAACAAGACACAGGAGUCCUGCCGAAAUGUCUACGAAUGCUCCUGUCCCGAAAUCGACGAAAUAUGCUCUAUCGCAAGGAGGGCAGGAGCAUAUGGUUCCCGGCUCACUGGUGCUGGCUGGGGCGGCUGCACUGUACACUUGGUGCCACAGGAUAAAGUGGUGGCUGUGACUGAAGCGCUGAAGAAGGAGUACUACUACAAGAGAUUCCCGGACAUCAGUGAGGAAAAGCUCAAAGAAGCCAUCGUUACCUCGAAGCCGGGUCAAGGGUCGUCAUUGAUAGUCGGAUCCGCUCUUGAUGUAUGA